AUGGAUUUGAAUUUGCAACUUUUUAUUGUCUUAAUUACAUUUCGAAAUUAUGUUGCAAUUCCUAUAGCACAAGAAUUACAGCAACAAUAUUAUGUUAAUGUAACACCAACAUGCGAACAGCAAUCGAUUAAAGUGAUUUUGACAUUUAAUGGUGAUGAUUGGCCAGAAGGGCAAUUUAUGGAUUGGAUUGUUGUUGGGACAAAUAAUCGGGCAGAAUGUCGCCUAAAGGGAAAUGGUGAAUUGCAAUAUGUCAUCGAGCUUGCAGUCUUCAAUGAUCCAUGCCAAACACAAAUGCCUUCUACCGGAGUAUUUCAAAAUCGAAUUCGAAUUGGAAAAAAUCCAGCUGUAAUUUUGUUUGGUGAUAAGACAUUUAUCAUUAAAUGUACAUAUGGAUUACCGGAAAUAAGUCAACUUGAUAUUCCACCAAUUAAUCCGUCAUUUAAUGCUGUCACUUUAACAGAUUUACCAACAAAUUCAAUACAAGAUGAAUCAUUAAAUACUCUUGAAUUACCAAUAUCAUCAAAUGAAACAAGUGGCCAAAUUGAAGAAAGUCGAGAUAUGGUUGAUAAUGAUGAUAACACAAUCAUAUCAUGGCCAAUACUUUUCUCUAUUAUUGCUGGCUUAUUUGUUGCUAUUCUCAUCCUUAUGUUUGCUUUUAUUUGUUUUCGAUGGAAAAUUGAAAGUAAGCCAAGAGAUUUGCAAGGACAAAAUACUUCAUCGAAUGGUUUGUUUGUUGAAAAAAUUGAAAAGUCUUUGAAAAAAGAAAAAAAACGCUGA